AUGAUCGCCUCCGCCGUCCGUCUCUCCGCCACUCUCGGCCGCCAGCCCGUCCUCGCCGCUGCCUCCACCGCAACCACGGCUGGUCUCAAGACCUCGGCUGCUUCUGCGGUCAAGGCCUCGACUACCUUGCGUAACCUCGACGGCCGUCUGUGGUCCAAGAACAGACUCCAAGUCAUCCUUGACGCCUCUGCACCCGCCCCUGCGGCUAGGGAGCCUAACUGGUCCAACGUCGCUGCCCGCAUCAAGGAUGCCAAGGACCUCGCUGGCUGCUAA